AUGUCACCUCCUCCCCCUGACAUACCUCUGCCUCAUCAGCUCGCUCUCAACGAAAAGCAAGAUGAUCCGUCCCCCGAAACCAGGCGGUUCUUUCCCAGUAAAGGACAGGUGAUGAGGGUAUUGACGUUAACUCAAAAUACCUCUGCCAUGGUAUUUAGCAUAUUCCUUGUACCUCAUCUGGCUAGUCCGGCUGUAGCAUCUGUAAUGGGCAUAGAGGGAGCAGAUAAGACUAUGAUGAUAUCCCGAGAUUUAUAUCUCCCACUCGAACCAUACCUAAUCUACCUUCCCCUAACUCUUCACAUCCUCUCAUCAACCCUCAAACGACUACUCAUGAUCCUUCCCUCCUCCUCAUCGGUAUCUUCCAAAUCGAGUCGGUCUAUGAAAUCGAUAAGAUCCCGAUUACCUCGUCAACUCCAUCAAAUCGUUGGAUACCCACUCACCAUCUUGCUCAUGGCCCAUAUACUCUCCCAUCGAUUGAUACCUUCUAGAUCGGAAUCACCGAUAUUCCAACUCAGCCCUUCGGAAUUGGGGUACGAGUACGUAGGAUACAAUCUACAGAAUGUCAUUGGAUGGACGAGUUAUCUGGGGUUGGUAGGUUUGGGUGUAUAUCAUGCUGUAGUGGGAGGUUGGAAGAUCUCAGGGUGGAUCAAAAGGUCGAAUAAGAACGAUAGGAGGGUAAAAGGAGAUUCGUCUGAACAAACAAAUACGACUGAAGUGAAAUCAUCAACCGAGUACAACGAGGAUAAGGAGAAUGAAAAGAUCAUAAUCGUCAAUAAACCCAAUCCCUCAAGUUUUGCAAAAUCACCAUUAUCAUCGACAUCGAGCAAAUCCCAAAUAACUGGUUUAAGAGCAUUAACUGUCGCUCUGGUUGGGUUCAUCAUCAUUGGAUUAUACAGGAUAAAGAGAGAUGUAGAUGUAUCUGGAGUCAGUCAGAUAAUGAAGAUUAGGUAUGAUGCGGUUCAUAACAAUGUACCAUGGGCUGGGAUAUGGCGAUAG